AUCAGCUGUGUCCAAUCACAGCUGAUUGCUGAUGAUCAGUGUGCCCUGAUGAUCAGUGUAGCCCCAGCAGUGCCACCUGUCAGUGUCCAUCAGUGCUCAUCCAUGCCACCUGCCAGUGUCCAUCAGUGCCACAUAUCAGUGCCUACUAGUGCACAUCAAUGCCACAUAUCAGUGCCCAUCUGAGCUGCCUUUCAGUGCCGCCCAUCAGUGCUGCCUUUCAGUGCUCAUCAGUGAUGCCUGUCAAUGCCCAUCCGUGUCACCUACCAGUGCCUCCUCAUCAGUGC